CCCGAGGGCUGUGUUCCCCAGACCGCGAGAACCCUGAGCCUGCGAGCUCUCUGCUCACUGGAGCUGGAGCUGUGGGAUGGCCUUGCUCUUGUUCUGAGUCCAUGGAAGCCAAAUGGCCACAGAGAUGUUGUGACACACAUCUGCAGCCACGAGGAAGAGAUAUGUCCAUCUCCUGGGAGGGCUUGUAUGUCACCUUGACUCAAUUUACAAAAUGGUCUUAACCUUUUCCGAUUCCAUGUAAUAGGGACUGGCCUGAACGAAAGCUGUGUGGCACGCACAGGUGCCAUGUGAUGUUUUCCAUUUCUUUUGCUCAGUUCUUUCUUCUUCCUCAGGAAAACGGUGCUUCUCCUGAUUCACACACAGAAGAAGUGUGUCGGCUCCUAGCUCUGCGGAGGCUCCUCGGAGUUGAAUCUGGACUGCUGGGGCCUCUGCCCCAAAUGAGGAGGACUCAACGCCCGUCUUGUGUCAGGAUGGUGAGGGCCCUGGCGAGCCUCCUUGGCCUUCUCCUGGGUGUGCUGCUCCUGGCCAGCCCUGCACCCGGCAUCCAGCCCUGCUCCUCCAACGGCCAGAUAGCCUUGUUUCGUCUCUGCAACCUCACCCAGGCCCCUCAAGUCCCUGCCACCACCAAGAACCUCCUGCUGAGCUUUAACUACAUCGGGACAGUCACCCGCACAUCGUUCCCCUUCUUGGAGCAGCUCCGGCUGCUGGAGCUCGGGGCCCAGUGGACACCCAUGACCAUUGGCCCAGAGGCCUUCCAGAACCUGCCCAACCUCAGGAUCUUGGAUCUGGGCAACAGCAAGAUCCAUGUGCUACAUCCGGACGCUUUCCAAGGCCUGCCCCAGCUGUUCGAACUUAGACUGUUUUCCUGUGGCCUCUCGGAGACUGUGCUGAGGGACGGUUACUUCAGAAAUUUAAGUUCCUUGACCCACCUGGACCUGUCCAUGAAUCAGAUCAGCAGCCUUUCCCUUCACCCUUCCUUCCAGGAACUGAGUUCCUUAAAGUCCAUGGACUUCUCUCUCAACCGGAUCCUCACCGUGUGUGAGGGCGAGCUCAGCGCGCUCCAAGGGAAGACGCUGUCUUUCCUCAGUCUCAAGCUGACCUAUGUGUUCAGCAGGGGGGUGGACUGGGAGCGGUGUGGGAACCCCUUCCGGAGCCUACGGCUGGAGACGCUCGAUGUCUCGCAGAACGGCUGGACAGUGGCUAUCACCGGAAACUUCAGCCACGCCAUCUCGGGGAGCGAGGUUUCCUCCCUGGUCCUUCAGUACCACAUCAUGGGCUCUGGCUUUGGCUUCCAGAACAUUGCAGACCCCGAUACCAGCACAUUCGCAGGCCUGGCCAGAAGCUUGGUGAGGAGCCUGGACCUCUCUGAAGGGUUCAUCUUCUCCCUGAAGCCCCGGGUCUUCGAGACACUCGAGGUCCUGAAGGCGCUGAACCUGGCCUGCAACAAGAUAAACAAGAUCUCAGAAGGAGCGUUUCUCGGGCUGCACAGCCUGCAGGUCCUCAACAUGUCUUUCAAUCUCCUGGGGGAGCUGUACAGCUUCACCUUCCGCGGGCUGCCUCGCGUAGCAUACAUUGAUCUGCAGAAGAACCACCUGGGGAUCAUCGCGGCCCAAACCUUCCAGCUCCUGGGAAAGCUGGAGACCUUGGAUCUCCGGGACAAUGCUCUCAAGACCAUUCCUCCCAUCCCAAGCAUUCCUACUGUCCUCCUAAGUGGCAAUAAGCUGGUGAGCUUGCCAGAUGUCAGACUUAGUGUCCACUUCCUGCAGUUAUCAGAAAACAGGCUAGAAAAUCUGGCUGAUCUCUACCGCCUCCUCCAGGUGCCUCAUAUCCAGACCCUCAUCUUAAACCAAAACCGCCUUUCCUCUUGUCAGCCAGGCCUUCGCCCUUCAGCAAACCCCAGCUUAAAAAACCUUUUCCUUGGAGAAAAUAUGCUGCAACUCGCCUGGGAAGCCGGGCUCUGCUGGGAUGUGUUCAGGGGGCUCUUCCAUCUCCAGGUUCUGUUUCUGAACAAUAACUACCUUAGUUUCCUGCCCCCUGGGGUGUUCAGUGACCUGACUUCACUGAGAGGACUCAGCCUCACCGCCAACAGGCUGACCACGAUUUCUCCUGGCAGCUUGCCAGCCAGCCUGGAGGUCCUGGACAUUUCCUGGAAUCAGCUCCUGUCUCCCGACCCCAGCUCAUUUGCCACGCUUCGUUCCUUGGACAUAACGCACAACAAGUUCAUCUGUGAGUGUGAGCUUACCGUGUUCCUCCGAUGGCUCAACCACACCAACGUCACUUUGGAAGGAGCUCCAGAGGACAUGGUCUGCGCCUACCCUGCCUGGCUCUCCGACCUGUCCCUCUUCUCACUUUCCACGGAGGGCUGUGAUGAGGAGGAGACCUUAAAGUCCCUGCGCUUUUCGCUUUUUGUCGUGUCUGCAGUCAGUGUGACCGUGUUCCUCAUGACCAUCCUCGUAGUCACAAAGCUCCGGGGGCUUUGUUUCCUGUGCUACAAGACAGCACAGAGCUUGGUGUUGGGUGAGCGCCCCCCAAGAAGAGACCCUGACACCUACAAGUAUGAUGCCUACUUCUGCUUCAGCAGCAAAGACUUUAGGUGGGUGCAGAAUGCUUUGCUUAAACACCUGGAUGCCCAGUACAGUGACCGAAACAGGCUCUCCCUGUGCUUCCAGGAGAGAGACUUCGUCCCAGGGGAGGACCAUGUUGCCAACCUCCAGGCCGCCAUCUGGAGCAGCAGGAAGGUGGUCUGCCUCCUGAGCAGGCACUUCCUCAGCGAUGGGUGGUGCCUGGAGGCCUUCAGCUACGCCCAAGAGCGGUGUGUGUCUGACCUGCAGAGUGUUCUCAUUGUGGUGGUGCUGGGGUCACUGUCCCCGUACGAGCUCAUGAGACAUCCAGCCAUUCGGGGGUUUGUGCAGAAGCGGCAGUACUUGCGGUGGCCCGAGGAGCACCAGGACGUGGGCUGGUUUCGCAGUAAACUCUCUCAGCACAUACUAAAGAAGGUGAAGGGAAAGAGGGAAGACCGCAACAUUCAGCUGCAGACCGUAGCCUCUGUCUCCUAGCGAAGGGCAGCUUGCAGCGCGUCCUGAGCCACAGAGGUGCUGCUGCACUUGGCCAGGUUGACACUUGGGGGUCUUUUUGGGGUCUCCUUCCUGCUGUUAAGAGAAUGUCCACCUCUCACUGUCCCUAUUCACUCAAGGUUCUGUCUUGCUGCCUCCCAAAUGGAACAGAACAGAUCUGGAAAACUGCAGCUGCACGCAGCAGCAGCAGCCAGUCACCUUGAUUUCCUCUCAGACCCAGUGUUGCCAUUCUGCCGUGCUGUGUGGACUGCACACAGCACCGCCGGCGUGGCAGGACACUUGGGGAAGGUGACAGCCCCACGCUUUCCCUGGGGCUCUGCUCCAGGAUGGGCUGGGCAGUGAUGCCGAGGCAGGCAUGAGCCUGCAAGCUAGCACUAAAUAGGGAACAAUCAGGAGAGCUGUGCGUCCGCCUCCAUCUGUAGGGACAACGCCCAUGUGGCACCGCUUGCUUGCACUCCGUCCUAGGGAUACAAGGUGGCCCUGGACACCUUGGGGGAGAAUUACUGCACCCCAUGGCCACAGCGCAUUCCCACUUUUCAGGCAUCUGUCAGCUCAGCACCAGGCCUUCCAGAAACAGCACCAAGCGACCUCCUCUCUCCUGCCCAUGUCACCUUGCUCAACUGUGGUAUGGAAAGGAGUGGGCUCCGUGGCUGUGAGCUGUGUGGCCUGGAGUGCUAGGUCCCCUUGUCACCUGGGACAUCACUGCGCCACCUCCUGGAGCUGCUGCAGGAAUCAUGGGGCCCGGGGUGUCAGAGCUGCUGGCUGCGCUCCCUGCACCGCCCGUAAGGCUGUAAGAGACCACACUCACCCGAGGCUCUGCACCCUGUCGCCAUGGCUUUGGGUCUCUAUAUUUUAAUCCUAGAAGGAACCUAUGUAUAUUUUGCCUUCUAAUCCUUUCUUAUGUUUAUUAAUACAGAUUUUUUUUCAAAUACAUUAGGAAAAUUAAACCAAAGGUGUGUCGUGGUGACCC